AUGAUACAAGCACUGUUGCCUAAUGCUGGGGAUUGGAUGUGUUGUUGGUGCUUCAUAAGACAAAUGCUUGUGGUUUUGGGAUCAGGAUUAUUCCAGCAAAAUGGGGAGCUGGAAGGUUCUUCCAUUCAGGUCCCCAAACCAGGUGUCAUUUCGGUCAAGUCUACUGCUGUUCUGUCGGGUGUCACACCUAUGGAUGUAGAAUCACAAGCAGUGCAAGUGGCCACAACUGUAGAAAUCUCUGGCCUGCAAGUUGUUGCAUAUGAUGUGGGAACUCUUAUGGUUGGUGGUUGGUCUGAUCUUAAAACAAUUGUUUUCUUUGCAGGGUCCCACAUAGUUUCUGCCUCCUGCCUUGAAGCUUCUGAAUUGUCAGAAGGAUCUCAACAUCUGUUCCAGCCAUUUUCAAUGCCAUCAGAUUUGCAUUCAAACCAAGAGGGGAAUUCGCAGAAGAAGAGCAAUGUUUGCAAUACAUGUGGUAGAGCUUAUAAAUGGCAAAUAUCACUUCAGAGGCACAUGCGUCUAGAAACAGAGGAGCUUGAUGACCAGAAACAUAAAGCCCAAAGUAAUGCUUUUAUGUGCCCUCAAUGUGGAAAAUCAUACUGUGUAAAGCAUUCACUAACUCGUCAUUUGAGAUAUGAGUGUGGCCAGCAACCAAAACAUCUCUGCACAAUGUGUGGUAAAAAGUUCAAGCACAACUAUGAUUUGCAAAUUCACAUCAAGAAAUCGUGCAAAGAAUUUGUUUCCUUAAUUCAGUAA